AUGGCCGCCUCCCCUGGUGCCGCGGGGGCUUUUAGUGUCGAAGCCGCUAAUCAGCUCGCCUGUGAUCAAUCGGCGUCCCCAUCCGCACCCGCGCCUGCCUUCUCCGCCCCCGCGUCAGUCUCGUCCGCGCCGUCUGCCGUCUCGUCCGUUAUCCGCGCCUGCGUCCGCCUCCUCCGCGCCGCUAAGUCCGGCCGUGGCCGCAAGCGUGCCGCCGGCCCAACGAGGAUUGAAACGUGGUGGAGGGUGGAGGUGUUGGAGUGA